UACCGGCUUCUUGAGGAAGCCGCCGCGAGUCCCCAGCGCCGUGGCGGCCCGGUUCGCCAGUGACGCUGAUGGCGGCCCCGGCGGCGCUGGGAGAGGCCGGGCGGCUUCCCCGCCGAGACGGCCCGGUGCGGCUGAUGGUGAUGUAAUAAAUAUAACCAGGUUCAUCUCUACCUAGGAGACAUUCUUCCCUGAGAAGCAGUCCACUUUUGCUGGACAUGCUUACAGAAUUGCGUAGCCAUGGACCUCAAGGAGAAGUAUCAGGAUGAGAUGACCUCAAGUCUAGGCCUUACCACAAAGAAAGCCCUUAUGAUUUUGAGAGACCAGUUGACAACAUUACUGGAGGGACAUCAGAAGGAACGGAAAAAAGUGACUUCGUGGAAGGAGGCAUGGAGAAGCAGUUUUUUGUACCAUGGUAACCGUUGUUCCUGUUUCCACUGGCCUGGUGCAUCUCUGAUGCUUCUGGCAGUGGUGUUGCUGCUGUGCUGCUCUGGGAGCCAGCCACAGGGAAACCAAGGUGCUGAAGUAGUUAAUGCAUUGGCACUCUUCCUCCUUCUCCUCUUGGAUCUCUUCAUGAUUGGACGUCAAGAGAGGCUGAAGUGCAAAGAGGUGGAGAGGAGACUUCAGAUGAUCAUUGAUAAGAUAAAUGAUACACUUGACAAAGAGGUGAAAUGGCCAGACUCCAUGUACCCCGAUCUCCAUAUGCCUUAUGCCCCAUCCUGGUCCCUUCACUGGGCAUACAGGGAUGGUCAUCUUGUGAACCUGCCUGUAAGCCUAUUAGUAGAAGGAGAUGUCAUUGCUUUGAGGCCAGGCCAGGAGUCGUUUGCUUCUCUGAGAGGAAUUAAGGAUGAUGAGCACAUAGUUCUGGAGCCAGGAGAUCUAUUUCCACCUUUCUCACCUCCACCCUCCCCAAGAGGAGAAGUGAAAAAGGGACCUCAGAACCCUCAGCUGUAUCGCCUGUUCCGUGUCUUGAAGACUCCAAUAAUUGAUAAUGUCAGGUGGUGUCUGGAAAUGGCAUUGUCACGUCCUGUGACAGCCCUGGAUAAUGAGAGAUUCACUGUGCAGUCUGUGAUGUUGAAAUAUGCUGUCCCUACUGUACUGGCUGGCUUCCUAAUCACCAAUGCUGUGCGCUUCAUUUUCAAAGCUCCUGGAAUUGCUUCUUGGCAGUAUACUCUUCUUCAGCUACAGGUGAAUGGAGUCCUGCCCAUCCUUCCGUUGCUUUUCCCUGUCCUGUGGAUUCUUGCUACAGCCUUUGGAGAAGCCAGAGUCUUGGCCCAGAUGAGUAAGGCCUCAUCCACCUCACUGCUUGCUAAGUUUUCAGAGGACACUCUCAGCAGCUACACAGAGAUGGUAUCUUCUCAGGAAAUGAUACGCUGUAUCUGGAGCCAUUUCUUGUGUGUUUUAAAAGGCAAAUCUCCAACACUGAGCUUCACCUCCAGCUUGCUCCAUAGUCUGGGAUCUGUCACUGUGCUCUGCUGUGUAGACAAGCAGGGGAUUCUCUCCUGGCCAAAUCCUAGCCCAGAGACUGUUCUGUUCUUCAGUGGGAAAGUGGAACCACAUCAUGAUAGCCAUGAAGAUCUGACUGAUGAGCUCUCUACACGGUCUUUCUGCCACCCUGAGAUGGACGAUGAGCCCCAUGAAAGAGACGCUUUGCUCUCUGGCCCCUUGGCAGACACAGUCCAUGUGACUAAUGAGCAAGAGAGGAACAACUGGUCUAGUGACCCUCCAAAGGCACCUGAUGCCCAUACCCACCGAAAGCCAAACAGCAGAAGCAAGCAUCCCUCUGGGUCCAAUGUGAGUUUUAGCAAGGACACAGAGGGUGGAGAAGAAGAACAUACUCAGGUUGCUGGUGACACUGAGGCAGUAACUUGUGAGGCUGAAGACUUUGUAUGUGACUACCACCUUGAGAUGCUUAGCCUGUCCCAGGACCAACAGAACCCCUCUUGCAUUCAGUUUGAUGACUCCAACUGGCAGAUUCACUUGAAUUCCCUCAAGCCUCUGGGUCUGAAUGUGCUGCUCAAUCUCUGCAAUGCCAGUGUGACAGAACGCUUGUGCCGUUUCUCUGACCAUCUCUGCAACAUAGCCCUCCAGGAAACUCACAACACUGUGCUGCCUGUCCACGUGCCUUGGGGCCUCUGUGAGCUUGCCAGGCUAAUAGGUUUCACACCAGGUGCCAAAGAUCUUUUCAAGCAGGAGAAUUAUUUGGCCUUGUACCGCUUGCCAAGUGAUGAGAUGGUUAAGGAGACAAUGCUGGGGAAGCUUUCAUCAGUCACCAAGAGAAGACCACCCCUGAGUCACAUGAUUAACCUGUUUGUGAAGGACACCACGACCAGUACUGAGCAGAUGUUUUCACAUGGGACAGCCGACAUCAUCCUUGAAGCCUGCACAGACUUUUGGGAUGGUACUGAUAUUUACCCCCUGUAUGGCUCUGACAGGAAGAAGGUGCUAGAUUUCUACCAGCGGGCCUGCCUCUCAGGGUACUGUUCGGCUUUUGCAUACAAGCCGAUGCAUUGUGCCUUGUCCUCCCACCUCAAUGGCAAGUGCAUAGAACUAGUGCAGGUCCCUGGGCAGAGUGCUAUCUUCACAUGCUGUGAUCUGCCUGGAACAACCCCCAUCAAGCAGAGUAGUCGGAGGAAUAGCUGGAGCUCGGAUGAAGGGAUUGGGGAAGUGAUGGAGAAGGAGGACUGUAUCCAGGCUCUGAGUGGACAGAUCUUCAUGGGAAUGGUCUCAUCUCAGUAUCAGGCCCGUCUGGACAUUGUCCGCCUUAUUGAUGGAUUGGUCAAUGCCUGCAUUCGUUUUGUCUACUUCUCCCUGGAAGAUGAGCUCAAAAGCAAGGUGUUUGCUGAGAAGAUGGGUCUUGAGACUGGCUGGAAUUGCCACAUAUCUUUGACACCUAAUGGAGAUGUGCCUGGCUCUGAGAUCCCUCCUUCUAGUCCCAGCCAUGCUGGCUCCCUGCACGAUGACCUACAUCAGGUUUCUCGAGAUGAUGUAGAGGGACUCCUACUAAUGGAAGAGGAAGGACAUUCAGAUCUCAUCAGCUUUCAGCCAACAGACAGCGACAUCCCAAGCUUCUUGGAAGACUGUAACAGGGCCAAACUCCCACGGGGGAUCCACCAGGUCAGACCUCACCUGCAAAACAUUGACAACGUGCCUUUGCUGGUGCCCCUCUUCACAGACUGCACACCAGAGACCAUGUGUGAGAUGAUUAAGAUCAUGCAGGAGUAUGGGGAGGUGACUUGCUGUCUGGGGAGCUCUGCCAACCUUCGGAACAGCUGCCUCUUCCUGCAAAGUGAUAUCAGUAUAGCACUGGACCCUCUCUACCCAUCCCGCUGUUCCUGGGAGACCUUUGGCUAUGCCACCAGCACCACCAUGACUCAUGCCUCUGAUGAGCUCACCCCACUGCAGCUCUCAGGACAUCUCAAUAGCCUGCCUUGUUCCAUGUCGUUCCGCCAAGAAGAGAGUACCAGCAUUAUAAGGCUUAUAGAGCAGGCCCGGCAUGCAACAUAUGGGAUCCGCAAGUGCUUCCUCUUCCUGCUGCAGUGCCAGUUGACAUUGGUCGUCAUUCAGUUCCUGUCCUGCCUGGUACAGCUGCCUCCCAUCCUAAGUACCACAGAUAUUGUGUGGCUCUCUUGUUUCUGCUACCCACUGCUCAGCAUUUCACUCCUGGGCAAACCUCCCCACAGCUCCAUCAUGACCAUGGCAACAGGAAAAAACUUGACUUCUAUUCCUAAGAAGACUCAGCACUACUUCCUGUUCUGCUUCCUACUGAAAUUCAGCGUGACCAUCUGUUCCUGCCUCAUCUGCUUUGGUUUCACACUGCAUGAGUCCUGCAAAGAGGUGAAUACAACCAGCCUCAAUCUCACAGCCUGCCCCUCCAUUAUGCUGCGCAGCAAUGCUCAUGGUGCUCCUGACUGGUUUGGGACAUUUUCCAAUGCGCUUCUUGUAGCCCAGAAGCUCACAGCUGGCCUGAUUGUUUUACACACAGUUUUCAUAUCCAUCACCCAUGUCCAUCGCACUAAGCCCUUGUGGAAGAAGAGCCCCCUCUCCAACUGGUGGUGGACUCUCACUGUAGCUAUUGUAUUACUGGGGCAAGUAGCACAGACCCUGCUGGACCUGAAGCUCUGGGAAAACCUCAGUUCUCCGCUGACUUUUAAGGACAUUUCCAUCUCUCCAGUCUCAUGGCUCCUGGGUUUUCUUUCCUUGAUCCUGGUGGUUAUCAUCAAUGAGAUUGUCAAGCUGCAUGAAAUAAGGGUCCGGGUCCGUUACCAGAAGAGGCAGAAGUUGCAGUUUGAAACAAAGCUGGGGAUGAAUUCGCCAUUUUAAACCCUUUCAACUUGAAUUCCCUGAGACCAGGGUCACAUAGCAACAUCCUACAAGGGGAGAACAGCUGCUCACAGGCUCAGGAAGUUUCCUUUCACACAUACAGACCAGACCGCCUCCUUGCAAAACUGCAUCAGCGCCUUUCAGGGGAGGCUCAGGCAGGGUUCUGCUGUUGGGAUCCCCCAGUAGGUGUGCAGUCUCUCUCUGGCCUGCCAAGUUGCUCAGAGCCUGCAAGCUCUGCUGGCUGUUCAGGCUGCUCUUCCUUUAUUUAUUUAUUAGUAGAGGUUUUUGUUAGUAUGAUGGUGAUGCUGAAAUCAACUGACUCCUUCAUUCUGGGUUAGCAAAUGUUUUUUUAUUUUUAAUUUUUUAAUUUUUUACCUGAUAGGAUAAUCUAGGGCCAGAAGGGGAGCUACAGGGCUGCUAAGGCAAGAGACUUCUAUUGGAACCCAUUUUUUUCCCUCUGCUUGCAUUCCUGGAUGAUGCAUGUGUCUGCAUGCCUCGCAUGCCCUCAGCGACCUUCCUCAGCUAUCUCUCCUGCUGCUCUUGAGAGUAUUGCGGGAAUGUGACCUCCAGCCCUCACCUGGCACAAAGGGAUACUGGGAAGGAACUCUGCUACCAUGCUAGGAAAGCCCCCCAUCUGUCAUGGCCAGGCCUACCCUUUAGCGUUGUUGUAGCCACAUGCCAACUGUUAAGUGCUUCAAGAGAUGAAUGGGACAGGGCUGUAAGACAAGCUGAGUUUAACUCUACUUCUGCAGAGCGCAAGGAGUUAGGAGGACUUGCACAGCCCAGCUUCCUCCCACCUAUUUGAACCAUCUAUUGUCUGCUUUAAUAGCCCUCAAAGAGGUAGGUUUAUAACUGUCCUAAUUUUUGUGAUUUGAAUUGCUUUAUUACUUCAGUAAAAUGCCUACUUGAGAGAGCCACAGCAACAUUUGCAGCUAGAGAUAAAACCUCAGACCUCCCUGCCACCGAGUGAGGGAGGUGUCGUUCCAUCUGUAUCUUGCAGUUGUGACUAACGUGGAGCUGGUGGGCAGCUCCUUUUCUAGCCUGAAAAUGUGCUGUACCCAAAGCAUAGGGAUUCCACCCUCCCAGUCAUGCCUUUCUGUGCUAGUACUUGGAAGUCUCUCCCCUCCAUGCUUCUCCCCAUACAGCUGUACCCAUUCUUCUGGAGAUAUCUUCUGCUUGGCUGGGGGAAACAUUCCACUGCUGGCUACUGCAAACCACAGUGUGCCCCCAAUGCUGCACACCACUCCUGAGCUCUGAUCAGACCCCAGCUGCACAGGGAACAGUGGUGUUGUUGUGGGCUUAUAGUUGGGGGCUAUGCAGGAGCACAUAGGCUUGCCUACUGAAAUAUUUACAGCUCAUGGAGAUGUUGACUCUCUUCCUUGUUCUAAAACUGGUUAAACCUGACAAAUCCUGGUUUUGCUUCUAGUAUUAACACUACAGUACGCAGCUGCUGUUUCCCUGUGGUGUCCUAGGCUAACACAUGCUGCUGGAUCCCCAGCCCUACCUGCUGCUCCACCUCAUCUUCCUUACAUUUCAGCAAAAACAGGGAGCAUGCACAGUGCUUGUCCUGCCACCCAGACCUUAUCUCUUGCUCUGUGCCACUGAACUUGUGGUUGACAAAAGGCAGCAGCUACCAGGACCUGCUGGCUGCACCUUCCACGAGAGGCGGCGCAUCCCAGGUUUCUUUCUGUGGGUGAUCAACAAAAGUUACUGUUCUGCAUCCUCCCUCCUGUGUUAAAUCUGGGCAGAGCCAAGGCACAGUAAGGGAGCCUUUAGGAUGGUCUGACAUUGCCCUCCCUUCCUUCUACCAUUGAGGCACCUGAGAACCAGAGUGAAUGGCUUCAGGAAGUUUCCUACAUCAAGAUGUUUUUAAAUGGUGUAUAUUUUAUAUUAAAUUUUUGGGGGAUGUAUGUAAAAAUAUUUGAUUUGUAUUAAAACUUGUAUUAAAAAAAGAAACAAAUGCUAACACACACACAUCCAGUAUAUGAACAGCAAUAAACUACUGUCUUGGAUAACACAGCCAGUGAA